AUUCAGCAUUCCAUCGUUCUUCCUAGAUGAACCAACAGCACCCCAAAAGCCUAGCAAUCUGCUUUCUCUCCCCGCCUCGAUUUGCACGCGCCCGAUCAAGCGAUGCAAUUUUAUUUCUCCCCCCACACACAGCCCUCUUUCCCCCCACCCUCUCCCCCACUUGCAGGGAAAAUGGUAUCUCCCCGAAUGUUGCCUUGUGUUUGCGGAAGAGAGUCGCUUGCUGUCGGGUUCCACUGGGUGGAGACAGCAGCGUUGGCUCUCUGGAAGCUGGUCCUCCUCCUGCUGCUGCUGCUGAGGGGGAGGUUGGGGAGGGGCAAGGAAAGCAGCAUGAGUGGGAAAGAGCCGCUGCUGAGAACCCUGAAAGUGUGUAUUCUCAGCCUUCAGGGAAGCAGCAGCCCUUACACAGACACUUCCCCACACAUACAGUCCUUUUGCGAGAUCCUGGAAAUGAUCCUUCGGAAAGGAAUAAAACAGCCAGUCCUGGGUUUCAAGAGAAGGGACUAUUGGCACUGGCUAGAGCAGCUUCCACAACAGGAGCCCCAUCACAGCAUAGCCCUUCUGUCAAUGAUGAUAGAGAAAACAAGUGCUUGUGAGAAGGUGCUGACGGCACAAGGAAGAGGGCGGUACUUCCUGCGUCUGGCUUUGAAUGGAAAGCUACUAGCUGUUGCUAUUCAGCAGCUAGUCAGAGCUCCCAGACUGCUUGAGUGGUAUGAUCCAGUGACCUCCAUACUGGGCAAUGAAGAUGUUUCCGAGCCUUUCCUCUCUCUGAUGUUAGUGGUGACAGAAAUGAAUUUCUCCCUCGAUCUGCAGAAUUCAAGUUUCUUGGAUGAAAGCUGGCAGCUUCCAGUGUGCCUGACCUACGAAACUGUCCCCUGCAGAGAACUUGGAAUGGUGCUCAGGUAUUUGGAUGGACGGAUUUUCAUAAUAGACGUGCUUCCACAGAGCCAGGCAGAGGUGGAUGAGGUGGUGCUGGUUGGAGACGUCAUUGAUGAGAUAAAUGGAUCUUCACUGAGGAAUGCUUGUAAUGGACAGGCUGGGACGGUGCUUCAGAAGUUGAAGGGCAAGCCACUGAGCUUCCGCCUGAUCCGCUGGAAAUGGCAUGAUGGAGGGAUGUACAGGCCACUGUUGCCCUACCUGAAAGUUCUCCGAGAGAAAAUCCCCAGCUUCCAACUCCAGCACGAGCACAAGUGCAAAGACAAGAAUGAGGGCCAGAGCCUGCAGGGUGGCAGGUUAUUGUACAAUCUGCGGUACUUAGGCCAGGUCAAUGUAGGAAAGUAUGGAGGCAAAGAGGUGUUAGACCAAGGCAUACCUUUGAUUUUAGAGAAACAUUUGCCACCACAAGAAGUUUUAUUUGAUGUCAAAGAAACAGAAGUCCUUGUACAACAGAAAACAUCUUCAAAGGUUCUGUUUUGCUACCCUUACACAGACAUCUCCUCUGUGGGACGACGUCUGGAUAGCAACAAUCUCUUCGCCUUCUGUUCUGUGGCUUCACCAGAGUCUCCAGAAAACAGCACCUUUGAUUGUCUUCUGUUUGAAUCAAAUUCCGAAAAAGAAAGUGAAGAAAUAAUCAAAAGAAUUGCUGCAGGAUUUAAACACACGGAAUGGUUUGUCUGAUGGAGGUGAUGUGCUGCUGCUAGGCUUCCGCCAAUGACCUACAUUUGGAGCUCCACUGGCCUCAAAAGGGCCUAGUUUCAGUUAGUGAUGAUUCAAGAGCAGGCUUGUCAGGGUAUGAUGAUUCUUGGGAGUGCAUUAGAUCUCCACAUUGGAAAUACAUCUACUUGAGAUUCCCUUGAGUUCUUGUAUCUGCUUUUUUAUGUUUACACUAACCUUUUAAGAGUUGGAAUAAAACCAAGCCAAAGUA